AUGAGUGCUAAAGAAUUCCUCGCUGACGUCGAAGGCGGCGUGGUGUCGGUGGACUGCCACGAGAAAGUGCUGCGGAUAGCAUUCAUCUAUAUGGACGAGGGGCUGUGUCUCGGCAGCGGCAUCUUUGAUGUUGUCGAGAAGCUGCACGCGCGUGGAUGGUCGUUUGGCGAGGGCGAGUUGAGGUUUAAUCGUACCCUGGAUAUAUUCUAUCUCGCCCAGCUCACAGCGACCAUCUACCGCUCCACCAACCAACUCGAGGACGACUUCCCUGAUGAUUUCCAGUCCUUCUACACCACACACUACGCACUCCUCCACUCCUCCGCAUAG